UUGCAACACUCCAACGCCUGGUGUUGUAAUUUUUCUUGUCGCAAGGUGAAAACGAAUGAAACGGCUAUUUAAUAGUGAAAAGUGAACAAAUAUGCUGGAAUCGAACACCUAAACGUAGCUGAUUGAGCCGCUUAUCGGUAUUCCAUAAAGGCUCGUUGAGAAUCCUAGCAGAAGUGCAUGAAAAACGGGCCUGAAAAUUUUACUUUGUGUGUAGCCGAGACCCCCAUACGCACACACAAACCACACACACACACUCACACCCAUGCACACACACUCACACAUAUGGAGAUAAACGCAGCGAUGGCCUCGUCGCAUUCGCAGCAUAUAUAAAAGCUCAGUUGUAUAUUGGAGAAGGAGCGCACAAAGCAGAAGACGAGAAGAAAGAUUUCUGUGUCAUUGAACGAGGCGACGGCGACGACCAGGCCAGGCAGACCAAGGAAUCAUCUCCUCCUCCCCUAGGAGCAGGCUGCAGCUCGAACAACUCGCUCGGGCAGACCCCAGACCCUAAGGAUUGAGCAAGAUGGCUGCCACUACUGCCCAGCAAGCAGGACACACUGUUUUAUGACUCUGAGGGGCAACCCAGAGAGCGAUUAAGCGAGAGAGAGAGAGAGAGCGCAGCGAGAGAGCGACCGCCCACGACGAGUGAGCGUCAACGAGUGAAUUAGCUGCCAGCGAGUGAGUGAAGCAAGUGACCGCCAUCAUGGUUGACAGCGUGCAGUGCCCCGUGUGCACUUUGUAUCUGCAUGCGGGCAUGAAUCUCUCCGAUCACUUGGAGACUCAUCCCAAGGAGCAGGUCAUCAAGGCACUGGUGCAGAUGACAAUUGUCGGCAACACUGGCAUGGGCAAUGCCCUGGCGGCGGCCAUGCUGGGCAAUAGCUCAUCAUCAGCAGCAGCGGCAACAGGAGCAGGAGCUGCCGAUGCUGGUGGCUCCAAAGACAACGUCGUCGCCGCCGUCACGACAACGUCUGCAGCUGUCGCUGAUGUCAAACCAGUUGUUGUGACCGCCAGCUCAUCGGCAGGCAAGCCCAUAACAGCGGCAGCCACAAAUGCAGCCCUGCAGCCGCCGCCACUUUCCUCCUCCUCCUCCUCUACCGCCGCGGCGAGCAGCAGCAGCAGCGUCUGCAGCAAAUUGAGCAAUCCACCGAUGAAAGCACUGAAAUGCGCACCGCCCACGACUGAGGCGCGAGCCAACAACACAUCCGCACCCACCACAAAUAGCGCAAUGAGCGCAAUGUACCAGCCACCGCUGGUCACCACGGAAUAUCGCUACACUAAUCAGCAGCAGCAGCCGGGCUUUGCGCGUGGUUCCAGCAACGCGACAGCGACCGCCACACUGGUGAUACCACAGGUGCCACAGCAGCACUUUCUAGCCAGCAGCCAUACGCAGCAGCAGACACCGACACACUUUGCCCAUCAGCAACAGCAGCAGCAGCAUCAUCCUGGGUUGAAGUUUACCUAUGCCACCACGCUGCCACCUCCGCCGCCGUUGCAGCUCUUCACGCAGCAGCAGCAACAGCAGCAGCAGCAGACAGUAACGCAACCGCAUCAGAAACCUCCUCCCGCCUAUGGAGCCGCCAUCAGUCAAAUCCGAUCUCAGCACAACCAAAACAAGCAGCAGCAGCAGCAACAUCAGCAGCAGCAGCAACAUGUGACCGUUCAUCAUAAUGUAACCCUGGCACCACCGACAACAACAGCAGCAGCAGCUGUAGGCAAGCACAGCGGCAAAGCCCACACGGAAGUAUUCCUGAAUCCCCCACCACCGCCGCUGCCACCGCAGGCGCAUGCGCAGCAGCAGCAGCAUCAGCAGAACCAACAGCAGCAGCAGCAUCAUCAUCACCAGCAGCAGCUACAGCAAUCAUCAAUGCCAGUGGCGCUGACAACUGCCGCACCCAGACAGCAGCAGCAACAGCAGCAAUCGGUGACAUUGCAGUCGUACGGUUCGAGUGCCGGUAGCUGCUCCUCCUCGUCGUCCUCCUCGACGGCGGGUCGAGCUAGCCGUCAGACCAACUCUCCCUUUGGCGCCUUGCUCAAUGCGGCGGCGGCUGCUGCCAGCUCCUCGCCCUCGUCUGCGUCUGCAGCUGCCGCCUCGGUGCUGCGCUAUGCAGAGUCGCCAGUUGCACACUAUCUGGAGCGGGACAAUGGUGACUUCAUUGUCCAGGAGACGCCCAAGCAUAUUGUGGAGUGCGUCGAAAAGGAGGAUGGGGAGUUCUCUGUCAUCGAACGCAUUUACCAGUCGCCACCGAGUGUGCUCCACAUACACGACGACGACGAGGAUGAGGACGAAGACGAGGACGACGAUGAGGAUGAGGAGAACGAGGCGACAGCACUGGACGAGCACGAUCAUGUGGAGGAUGGUGACGAUGAGCGGGACGAAAACAGCCGCUGCCGCAACUUGACCAAAACAACGAAAAAGUCGCGCAAAACCAAACCCAAGCGAACGUCCAAGAAAACCACGCGGCAACAUCACUCGGACGAGGAGUUUAUGAGCAUCAGCAGUGGCUGCGAGAGCGACUCGGAGCCGGAGACGAAGAUGGAAGUGCAGGCAGUGGUGCAGGCAGUGGCAGCUCCACCUUUGUGCACGGCUCCAUCCACGAGCAGUGCAGCGGCGGCAGCAGCCUCAGUUGCAGUGCCUGCCCUGGCCGAUGGACACUCAAAUUCCACUUCAAACUCCAAUUCGAAUUCGAAUGCCAAGUCCAAGAAAAAUCGCAUCACGGUGCUCAGCGAUGUGCCGCUGAACAUGAACGAAUAUCUAGAUCUGAUGGGCAACAUUGUGGCCUCCAGUCGCAUUGGCACCUCGCGUCCAUUCGCCGCCGUUGCGCCCAUACCGCUGGUCAAGGUGGAGAAGGAGGAACCGUUGGAUGAGUACGACAAUGCGGAGGGCACGGAUCCCAUGAUGCUGCUGGAGCAUAAGCCCAGCUUGGAGCAGAGCUGUGGCACCACCAGCGUCAUUCGCAUGGCCAGCGCCAUGUCGGCGUCCACGGAGGACUUUACACAGCCGCCGCCCAUGAAGGUUGAGGUUGAGGCCACGACGCUGCUACCUCAGCGGUUCUCGACACCCGCCCAGCUGCGUGGACCCAAGAAAUUAGUCAUCAAACCAAAGGCCACAGCAACGGCAACAGCAACGACGACGGCGGCGGCGGCGGCGGCGGCGGCGAUAACAAAACAAAAGACUGACACCCCAUCUUCCUCGAGCUCGGAACCGCCAGCAGCCACAUCCAUAUCAAAGCCCGGUGCCACUGAGCUGAUUCACAUUAAGAGCGAGAUCACGGAGCUGCCAACAAGCAGCAUCCUCGAGAAGCAUCUGACAACGCGGAAGCACUCGACGGUCAACGAUGACGAUGCACGGGUGCUGCUGGAGUUUGCCAAUUCGAAGCAGCCGUCGACACUCGCCGGUGGCAGCGCCUCCAGCACGACCUUUGUGGUGAAUGCCAAUUCGGGUUUCCCCUCGGCGGGCUCUGUGUUUGCCAGCAGCAGCGGCGUGGUGGGGGCGCAGCUGAAGGCGGGACAAGCGAAACCGGGCGAGGAGUACAUUCUGCCGGACAACAAUCUGGAGGUGGAUGAAAUUGUGAUAUCCUCCUCGUCUUCCUACGCCUCAUCCGUGGCUCAGGUGCAUCCAUCGUUGCCAGCAUCGUUGCAGCCGCCCGCAGCAGCCGCCUCCUUCAACGACUUUAAUUUCCUCUACCAUCAGACGACGACAACAGCCACAACGUCCGCGAAUGGUGCGUACUUCACGCCCUUCGGCCGCCAGCAACAGCAGCAGCAGCAACACACGCAGCACGGUGUCAGCGAUGCCACAAAUGCCGCCACCUUGGCCUCCUCUUCCAGCAAUUCCUCGGCAAUGGAUCACGACUCGAUGAAUGCCACGUUUCGCGUGGCCAAGACACAGUCGCUGCAGUCCUGGUAUCAGCCAGAACAAGAACACGAUCCACAGCAUCAGUCGGGAGCAGCAGCAACAGCAGCGGGAGGAGCGGGAACGGGCGCCUCCUCCUCUAGCCAGAACCAUGAAGGAGCACAGCCCACCAAUUUCAAUGCCGCUCUGGCUGCCGUCGAUUGUUGCAGCGUGGCCGUCGAUGGUGAUGUCAAGUAUCUGGAUUUGGAUGCGUGCAAGCGAGAGCAGCUGAGCAGCAGCAGCAAUCUGCCAUCGGCCUCAGCCUCCACAUCGACAACAUCCUCCUCGUUCGCGGGAGCAGCGACAGAGAGCAGCCUCGUGGGUGGACUCAACAUACGAACCGAUGAGAAAAUGCCAGCCAAGGGGGAAAUCUCAGAGCAGGAGAGCAACUGUGACAUCGAGAACUCGUGGAGUCAGUCGGUGUACGGCGACAUAUCACAGCGUUACUUUAGAAAUCAGUUCACAGGCGGCUACAAUCCGGACUGGCGGCAGGACUACUAUCCGCUGCAAGAUCUCAGCGCACAGCAGCGGGAGCACAAGCGUUUCGAUUUCAAUGCUGCCGAUGAGGAGGCCUCAUCCAGCUCGCGCAAGAGUCACUUGAUUGAUGAGCAGCCGGCAGCGGGCACCGCUUCCUCGACGUCUUCGGCAUUGCUGGCUGGUCCACCAAUCGCUUCAACGUCCCGGGCUGCUGCUGAGGCAGCGGAGGCGGCUGCUGCCACGGCUACGGCAUUGGCCCAACGCAAGCCGCAUCGUCGCAAGCUCUACAAGUGUCCGCACUGCGAGGCCAUCUUCGAGAAGCUAAAGGAGCGCAAUGCGCAUAUGAUUGGCGAGCACAAUUAUGUGCGUCAGAAUCGGCGUUUGAUAUGCACGCAGCCGCAGCAAAUGGGUGCCACAAUGUUGCCGCCACCACCGUCACAGCAGCAACAGCAACAGCUGCUAAUGCAUGCGGGCAUGGGCAUUGGUGGUGAUGAAUUUGUGCAAGAGGAUUCCAAAGAUGGCAUUGUCAAGAUCAAGCAGGAACAGUGCCAGGAUAGGCCGGAUGUGGAGCAGCUAGAGACCAGUCCGGAGCUACUCACCGAUGUCAAAGAUUCCCAGUUGCUGGGCAUUGACGAUGGCGAAGCGGAUGGUGACAUCAAGCCGCCCAGUCAGCUGGAUCAAAAGAUGACCCUGCCGCCACUGGCGAUGACAACGCCCGCCGCCAAAUUGGCAGCUCUAUAUCGAAUGUUGAUAUCCUACAACGAGUCAAAGCUGGGACAGGAGCGCAACAAUCUCAACGAGUUGGAGCAGAAGGCAAUGGAGAAGUCCAUCUUUCUGUGCUAUGUCUGCCGCACCGAUUUCCCCUCCGUGAAGCUUUACGAUGCGCAUCUGACGGAGCAUCCCGCCGAGUGUUUCACCUGUGGCAAGAAAUUCUACAGAUGGAAGAACUUUUCGCUGCAUUUGAAGCGCCACUUGGGCUGGAAGGAGUUUGGCUGUUAUGUCUGCGACAAGAAGUUCGUCGUGCGCAGCGCCCUCGUGGAGCACAUGCGCAUGCACACUGGCCAAACGCCGCUCAAGUGUAAGAUAUGCGGCAAAAAGUUUAAGCGUUACUCGAACUUGACGCAGCAUCGCAAGCGACACACCAAAGUGAUGGUGCGCAAGAAGGAGUAUGUGUGCCAUUGCGGCGAGGUGUUGCCAUCGAAGGCGCGGUUUCUGUGGCACAAGGAGACGCACGACGUGAAGCCCAAGUGCUGUCCCUAUUGCUGCGACCGGUUUGUGCAUGCCAACUCGCUGCGUCGGCACAUACGGCUGGCGCAUUCGGAUAAGUUCGACUAUGCCGAGCCCAUGGAGUGUCCCAUGUGCAAGCAGAUCUUUGCCAAGACCUCGAUCAAGGCGCACAUGGCAACGCACUCGACGGAUCCGCAGUACGACUGUGCAAUCUGCAACAAGAGCUUCUCCACCAAAUGGAAUCUCAAGAUACACUCGUGGGUGCAUGCAAAUCGAACGGCGAAACCGUUCAAGUGCGAGUACUGCCCCAAGGCGUUUGUGCGAGAGCUGGACUUUAAGAAUCACAUCAAUGCCCACAAACAGAUCAAGCCGUACACCUGCGAAUAUUGUGGCUGCAAGUUCAUACGAAAGUAUAACUAUAUGCGGCACAGACGCGAGCAUCAUGGCACCAAGAAGUUCACCUGCGACCAGUGCGACAAGUCAUUCCAUCGGCACUACUAUCUGAUUGAGCAUCGGCGCAUGCAUACGGGCGAGCGGCCAUUCACGUGCACCAUUUGCGGCAAGAGCUCCACCACCAAGACCAAUCACAAUAAACAUCUGAAAAUCCAUCAUUCGCGCGAUCCCUUCACCGUUGAGGUCUAAAAAUGGUAUAAUAAUCGAACUAACUAAUGUCUAAUAUUAAUCAUUAACUAAGGUAGUUUGUUCAUGACUCUUCUCUGUGUGUACUACGUGUGUCGUCGUCUGCGUGUCUCUCUCUCUGCUGAUACAAAACAGAAAACAAAACAAAACAAAUUAGUAUUACCUAUCGAACUAUAUACAUAUAAAAUAUUUAGUUUACAUAUGCGAAUGCCAAUUCUUGAUA